UUUAGUUUGAUACCUUUUCAUUUCUCCUUCACUUGCUCUAAAGAUUUCUGGAAAUUUCUUGGCGAGAUUGUUUUAGCCGACGAGACGAGUUCCGACGAUUUGGUAAAAAGAUGUCGUGUACGCAUGAUCACAACUGCGAGGAUCAUGAGUGUUCCUCUGAUUGGUCUCUCUACAAACACAUUGAUCUCUCCAAGGUUACUGCUCUGAAUGAAUCUGUUUCCGGAAGUGCAAAAUCAGUCUUCAAAGCUUGGGAACAGCGAUUACUCUCUUCUGGGGAGCAUUUGGAGAGCAAUGAGGGAGACCCUGAAUUGCUUGUUUUUGUACCAUUCACAUCGGACGUCAAGAUCAAAAGCAUAUCAAUUGUUGGUGGCCCUGAAGGAACAAGUCCGUCUAAGUUGAGAGUGUUUAUCAAUCGUGAAGGGAUUGACUUCUCAGAUGUUGAGAGUAUGCAAGCCGUUCAGGAAUGGGAGUUAGCUGAAAAUUUGCAAGGAGUCUUAGAAUACCAGACCAGGUAUUCAAAAUUCCAGAGUGUUGGAAACAUCACAUUGCAUUUCCCUGAGAGUUUUGGAGGUGACACAACCCAAAUACGUUACAUCGGGUUCAAAGGUGAAGCAACCCAGUUGAAAAGGGAUGUUGUUGCGACAAUUGUUUAUGAGAUCAGACCAAAUCCAUCAGAUCACAAGACAAAGGCCGAGACUGGUGGAGGUUUUUCACAAGUUGAGUGAAGACAUCAUCUGCUGCUACUUUACUCUUCAGCCUUCUCACAUACUCAUCUUUUCUCCUUAACAAGCUUCGGCAUGAUGUCAAAACUAAAAAGCUUCGGCUUAUUAUAUUAGCAAACAUAUAUGUAUCGAAUAAAUUGACAGACCAACAUUUCUGUGCUUAAAAACCUACAUGAGAUCUUUCAGAACCAUUUUUUUUCU